UUCCUUUCUUCCUAUUCAAUAACUGUAAAGUGCUUCUGGACUGCGCUAUCUUUUCCCUCACUUUCCUUUCGCUAGCUCUCUCAAAGCAUAGACUAAUGGCAAACCUCCCCAAUCUCCGACGCUUGUUCGUCGAGGCCCGCACCGAGGCCGAAGAGAACGAGCACUCCAGGACUGCGUUCUACAAUCUAGUCCUCUUUAUCUCCUCGGUCGCUGUCUUCAGCUUGGUGGCUCAACGCAUGGGCGGGACAAAAUCGGGCAAAUGAGGAAAUGCUAGUGGUAUCUCAUAUAUCUCAUACUUCUGAACAACUGGAUCACCC